GAAUAAAUAAAAUGCAAUAAUUGUCAAAAAAGCAAAUUAAAAUAAUUGAAGGUGUAUAGUACAUACUUAGCAUGUUAUAUACAAAUACCUACAUUUACAAUUAUAAAUCAAAUGGUGAUUGCCGCAAUCGGUCGAUGCGAAAGUCUUUUGUCUUAUCCUAUUCCUGUCCACGGCACCCGUGGUUAUGUUUUAUAAAUUAUUGAUUGAAAAAAUAAAUGAUCUUGUUCUAAUUUGAAUGAAGCAAGUGAAUACAUCAUUGGAAACGGAUAAUUUCAAGAUAACAUGAUUUGGAAAUACUAUCGAACAUUUCUGUGUACCUGUUAUAUCGAAGAACUAUUGUAAUUAAAACGGGGUCGAAGUAUAAUAACUGAAUAGCCUGUGUUCAUGUACUAAAAAUUGACGUAAGCAUUAGAAAAGAUCAGUGUUAUUGAAAAUCAUAACUCCAAUUGUGAUUAUUUGUGAAUACAUCGAAAUUUCCACGCUCGCCUGGUGCGUGGUCUACAUAGAAGAUCAAUUAAUUUGUUAUACAUAUAGUUUUAUAAGUUCGUACAUAAUGACCGGCAAGAAAUCUAAGCGUAAUGUGGUACUGAAAUGUUGUCUCAUGGAUGACGACAAGCAUUGCAAACAGUUCGCGGGCAGUGCAGUUUACGGCAGGCGAAUAGUGAGGCUAAUCACCGAUCAAAAUCUCAAUCUACGUCUUAAUCCAAAGGCCAGACACACAAACAUGUGUAAUUAUCACAGAGAUAUAUUACAAAUUGCCAAAAUAGAAUAUAAACGCAACAAUAAAAAGAGAAUGCGUUCGCCUGAAAUAAACAUGCACUUGCUAACUGUGAAAACAUUAAGGCGGUAUAAAAGCUAUUACAAUAUUCGGGCAGGACGUGGAUGGAAUAAAGCUCGAUUGGUUAAUGCAGUUGAGGAACAUUUGAAGACGCUUCCGAUUAAUGAAACUGAGAUCAUUAAUAAUUUUAUCCAUAUGGUGAUAACAAAUGGAAAUAAGUUAGAUAAGAAGGAAUAAAUUAUAUGUUAUUAUUACUCUUUACAUUUAUGUUACUUUAUAUGUAAUUUUUUUUAUGACUUUAUUCGCUUUAAAUUAUAAUCUAAUGUAUUAGUGAUUUUAAUCGAGUGUUACUAUAUUAGUAACACGUAUUAGAAUAAAGUAAGUGAAGAUGUUGUACCUUGAUACUUUUUUAUUAAAAUAUUUAAUACAUUAAAAAUAUGAUACCUAUGCUAAGGAAUAUAGCUGUAUUUUAAAGAGUAACUUACUAAACUCAAAAUAUGAAACAUACAAAAUUAUUGCUUAACAUCUUAAAAGGUUUUUUAAUUAUUUUACAGCAUUGCCAUAUACCUUGAUCAGCGUAUGUUGUAUCUUGAUCAAAGGCAGUUUAAAGACAAAUAAAAGGCAAUAUAGAAUUGAAUAUUAAUGGCAUAUUAGUUGUCUAUAUUUUAAUAACCAAAUCGCAAUAACAACUUGAAAGCAAUCAUUAACAUGUUUUUGUUAUUCAUUCUAGGCUAAAUAUGUUUAUUUCUUUUUUUAAAUAUGUUUUAUUGAAGCUUUUUUCAUAAAAAGUUUGUCCUCCCAUCUUUGUGAGUUGUCUAUCUCUUAUCUUCAUACAGGAAUACAAAAAACUUCAUAUAAUCAAGGUAUAGCGGUAAAAGGUACAGCAGCUUCCCCUAUUAAAUAGCAGGAUAUUUUAAAUAAUUAGUAAGAAUAAAUAAUAAUUUAUUGUUACUAAUUACUUAAAAUGCAUUAACAUAAGAACGUGUAUUAUAUAAUAAAUAAUAAUAUAAUAGAAAUAAUAUAAGAAUUUAUAUUGACGCGUCUAUAACCGCUAGCAUUUUUGAUUUACUUCAAAACUUUUUUCUUUUUACGCGAUAAUUUUACUAAUUGUAUACCAAGUGGUAAAACGUACAGCUUUUCCUACUUUAAUAGCGGGAUAUUUUAAGUAUUAGAAUAAAUUUUUACGUUUAUGCAAAUGACGGUCUAUGAUCGUUGGCAUUUCUUUUUUUUACGCUAUACAUUUGCCUGUUUGGCACCAAUUUUGUUUUUCAUUUCUUUUUUAAAAGAAUAAGUAAAUAUUAUUCAAAACCGCUAUUUUCAACUUACCUUUAUAAAUAUUACUUUUGCAAAUCAUAUUAUUACACAAAGAAAAUAUUCUUAAUAUUGUUCAUGAUUUCACUUUAAAUAAAGUUGAUUUUGAAAUUGACACAAUAAUCUUUACAUUUGAUAUCCUUAAUUACUAAUCCUUACUAAUAUUAUGUGUGAGUUUGUUUGUUUGUUACUUUAUAGCACCUUCACUGCUUAGCCGAUCUGAAUGGAAUUUAAACUAGUAGAAAAUUCUCAAAUUCGUCCUCCUUUUUACCUCUAAUGGCAAUUUGCAAAAUAUUUUGACACCUGUACACAUUAAAGUAAAUUAACCCUGCUGAUUAUGAUUCUACCUGCUGCUAUCUCCUGCGCCCCCUCAUCCCCCCUCCCCCCUCCUUUUAUAUUU